AUAAUACACCUACGACACCUACAACCUUGUACAUUUUGUGAAUUUAUAGAUAAUUCUAGAAGUUUAAUUACUUCUGUUUUGCAAAAAGCAAAACAAUUUCGACGACAGCGCUUUUCUUUCUCUAAAAAUGUCGCAUACAAUUCUCCUAGUCCAGCCUGGUUCCAGGCCAGAAACCAGAACGUACUCGGAUUACGAGAGCGUCAAUGACUGUAUGGAAGGCGUAUGUAAAAUUUACGAGGAGCAUUUAAAAAGAAAAAACCCAAACACUCCGACCAUAACUUACGAUAUCUCCCAAUUGUUUGAUUUCGUUGAUCAGCUAGCGGAUCUCAGUUGCUUAGUAUAUCAGAAAUCAACAAAUACCUAUGCUCCAUACAAUAAAGAUUGGAUAAAAGAAAAAAUCUACAUCCUGCUUCGUCAAGCGGCUGGUCAAAGCGACUAGAGGAGACAGUAGUCUUAAGUUUGUGUAAAGUUUAAUUGUUGUGGUGCAAAAUACACUGAAUGAUAAUGUUUAAUAAUUUUUGGGCAGUAGAGGUAAGUUUGAUGUAAAAGAUAGGAAUUAUGUUUGAUACAAAUAAAGUAUAGCAAUAACUGAUAGACUUAACUGUUAAAUCCCUUUAACAAAACUGCUGUUUAAACUAUGAAAGUAUUUUGUGCAAUUUUCAAUUAAUAUUUGAUGAUCUUGGUUAAUCCAGCUGUUCUCCUAAAAUUAGGUUUGAUAAAUUUGUAAA